CUUGAUUUGAUUAAUUGCUUGGUCAGCUGAUUGAUUGAUUAUCCCACCAAUAAGAACUUAUCACUGAUCUCCCUCCCCCCUCUCUCUCUUUAGGAACAAGGUGUGGUGGGAAUGUCGCGGCAGCCCGGUGCCGUCCCGCCCCCUCACCCUGCCGGGGGUGUGGCCUCUGGCGCAGGGCCCAAUCAGGGCGCAGGGGCCCCUCCCGGUUACCUGGGCAACCAGCAGCAGGCGGCCAUGAUGAAACAGAUGAUGGUGAUGGAGCAGGAGAAGAGAGUCCAGCUCCACAUGAUGGAACAACAGAAACAACAGCUAAUGAGAGAGCAGAGACAACAACAACAACAACAACAACAACUACUGGCUGAACAGCUCCAGCAGCAGCAGCAGCAGCAGCAGCAGCAUCUCCCCAGACAGAUGGUCCAGGGUCAGAGAAACCCCUACCCCCAGGUCAACCAGUACCAAGGUAACAUAUUAUACACCCCUACCCCCAGGUCAACCAGUACCAUUAUACACCCCUACCCACAGGUCAACCAGUACCAUUAUACACCCCUACCCCCAGGUCAACCAGUACCAAGGUAACAUAUUAUACACCCCUACCCCCAGGUCAACCAGUACCAUUAUACACCCCUACCCACAGGUCAACCAGUACCAUUAUACACCCCUACCCCCAGGUCAACCAGUACCAUUAUACACCCCUACCCCCAGGUCAACCAGUACCAUUAUACACCCCUACCCACAGGUCAA